CGUUUACUAAUCUGACAAACGAAACGUUUUUGUGUUCGUGUUAUUAAGUGAAUAUCUUUUCAUGUGAUAUAUUUAUAUAAAAAGGAAGAUGUCUCGCAUUCCGAAAUUUCCUUCAACAGUUACUAAAGAGAAUAAGCCUACUUUUACAAGUGGUCGUAAUAUAACAAGAACAAUAGGCAAUGGGCUCAGUGAUGCUGACAAAAAAAACCUGUUAUUAAACCAUACAAAACCUUUGCGUAGUACUUCCUCCACUAUUGUUGCAGCUCCACGACUAAAAAGGUCUGCAACUGCACCUUCUGCAGCUGCAGUGCCUAAUAAAACAGCGAAAGUCGAAAAAAAGCCUGCAACAGUUGCACCGAGAAUUGCUCCAUAUGAUUACAAAGCUCGAUUCAAUGAUUUAGUUGAAAAACAUAAGGCCAUUAAAAGUGAAUUGAGUGAUUUGAGAGAUAAGCAUUUAGAAGUGUCUGAUGAAUAUGAAAAAAUAAAAGAAACUGUUGAGGGAAACAUAUCUGAAAGAGACAUGUUAAAAGAGAAAUUACUUAAUACUCUCAAAGAUUUGAGGCUGAAGUCAAGUGAAUAUGAGAGCUUGAAACUGGAUUAUGAAAUUCAAAAACAAGAAAAUGAAGAAUUACACAGUAAAACUCGACUUUUGGACGAUGUUACUCAAAGCUUAAAAGUUAAAACGUCCGAGUAUGACAAACUCAAGAUGGAAUUUGAUGACCUAACUCGCCGUCAUAAAAGUUUAAGUGAAGAAGCCGAAGCAUUAAGAGUUUUGACUGAUCAUCUCAAGAAAAUAUCAGUAGAAUAUGACAAACUAAAGUUAGAUCAUAAGGAAGCAAUGGACACAAUAACAAAAAGUAAAACAGAUUCAGAGGCUUUGCAAAAUAUUUUAGCUACCAUGUAUAGAGAUCAACGCGUUUUAAGAAACACUGUUCAAGAUUUAAAAGGAAAUAUACGGGUGUACUGUCGAGUCCGUCCCCCACUAGAUUCAGAGGCUUCAAAGCCUUUAUACAAUCUUAAUGUUCUUGAUGCUUGUUCUAUUGAAGUAGAAAAGAUUGAACUUCUGAAUUCAGCUCGAAAAGGAAAAUCUCAACACUCCUUCUCCUUUGAUGGCAUUUUCACACCUCAUUCAUCUCAAGAAGAUGUUUUUGCCGAAGUUUCCCCAAUGGUUCAAUCUGCUUUAGAUGGCUAUAAUGUUUGUAUCUUUGCAUAUGGCCAAACUGGUUCUGGAAAAACCUACACUAUGGAAGGUGGUUGUGGGGUUGAACAGUAUGGUAUUAUACCAAGAGCUAUAAACAUGAUUUUUACAUGUAUGGAAGACUUGAAAAGAAUGGGAUGGGAAUUGACUAUAAAUGCUUCCUUUUUAGAAAUUUACAAUGAAAUCAUUUACGAUUUAUUAAAUUCUAGCAAGGAUCAAGAAAGCCAUGAUAUAAAAAUGGUAAACUCAAAAGGCACAGAUUUAUAUGUAUCUAACCUAAAAGAAGAAGAAGUGAAAAGCACUCAUGACUUCAUCAGAUUGUUAAUAUUUGCACAACGUAACAGACAAACUGCAGCAACAUUGAACAAUGAAAGAAGCUCCAGAUCUCAUUCAGUUGCACAAAUAAAAAUAUCAGCUAUUAAUGAGAAACGUAAAGAAAAGUUUACUAGUAACUUGAACUUGGUGGACUUAGCUGGUUCUGAGAGUGGAAAAACAACUCAAAGAAUGGAUGAAACAAAGCAUAUUAACAGAUCGCUUUCAGAGCUGUCAAAAGUGAUUUUGUCUUUACAAACUAACCAGUCCCAUAUCCCAUACAGAAAUUCUAAACUUACUCACUUAUUGAUGCCCAGUCUUGGGGGCAAUUCUAAAACACUUAUGUUGGUCAAUAUCAAUCAAUUUGAUGAGAGUUUUAAUGAGACUCUUAACUCCUUAAGAUUCGCCACAAAGGUCAACAGUUGCCGGACAGUUAAAGCCAAGAAAAAUAUUACUAUGGUUGACUUAUAAUUAGUAUUUUGACUAUUAUUAAAAUGUAGUAAACAUGAUCACUUAUAGUUAUACCAUCUACGGUGAAUUCCCCUUUAAUAUACAUUUUUGUAUUGAAUACUAUUAAUAAGUGGUAUAGCUAAAUGUACUUUAUUAUUAUGUUAACUAAACUUGACUCUCAUAUCUAGCUUUUAAAAACUCAUUGAACUCCACCGAAUAAUGUUUGAUUUUCUUGAUAUGUAUAAUAAUUUAACAUUGUAAGGCUUGAAAUUAAUUAAAAUAUUUUAAGGUAUUAAAAUAAUUUGAAAGUUAGUAAAGAAAAAAAAACUUUAUUUUUGGAUAAGUUUAUUUACCCUAUAAACAGUUGUUGCUUGGUAGACAUAAUUAUAGAGAUAUUUGAUUUAAAGGACUUUUUUUCAAUAAAUGUAAAUAUUAUUUUAACCAAAAUUGAUUGUUGUUAAAAACUUAUUCAAUUAAACAAUGUUGUUAUUUUGAUCAUACAACACAAACAAAGCUAUUAGAUAUUGAUGACUUUUUAUGAUGAUCUUUAACUUAAUAACUUAAAUUUAGCUUCGACAUGGGCAGGUCUCUUGAGUGCUAAAUAUAGUUAAAUGAACAAUGAAUGCUAAUAUGUACCAUUGAAGUUCAAUUUCUUUUAUUAAAAUUGUUACAAGAAAAAAAUCAAAUUAUCAUGAAAAGUAUUUCAGAAAAAUAUUAAAUUUUCAUGUUUUAAAUACAAGUAGCCAUUUAAUGUACAUUUAAAAAAAUUGAGUUGACAAAUGCCUCAAAUUUUAAUAUUAAGAAAGAUUGAGAUAUUUGUAAACUAUACGUGUAAGAAUUUAAUCCAAUCCUAUGUAGUUGUUAAUUUAAUUUGUAAUUAAUGAUUAAUUAUGUUAUUACUAUGAUUAUUAAAUAUACAUUUCCUUAUAUUAUUGGUAUUGUUUUAUAUUCAAACCACACAUUUAAAAUUAAUCAAGCUUAUAUGAAUCUUAAUUCUGCAAUAUAAAUAUUAUUUUUUAAGCACUAAUAAAAACAAUAUAACAAAGAAAUAAAAAAA